AUGGACGUGUUCGCGUACGGCGUGGUGCUUCUCGAGCUGGUGUCGGGAAGGGAGGCGGUGAGCGAGGACGGGGAGGCGCUGUGGGUGGAGGCGGAGGCGUUCUUCGGGCAGCGGCACGGGGUGAAGGAGGCACGCGUGAUGGCUUGGAUGGACGCCGCGCUGGCAGAGCAGUCGUGCCCGCCGGAGAGCGUCGUCAGCAUCGUGAACGUCGCCCGCGCCUGCCUGCACAAGGAACCGUCGAAAAGGCCCACCAUGGUGGAAGUCGCAUACACGCUGUCCAAGGCCGACGAGAUGUUCUCCGAUUUCUCCGGGGAUAGUCUCGGCGUUCCUGAUGUCGCGGCGAGGUGA